ACCGGGUUAUUUUAUUUUUCAAACUAAGUGUGUGUUAACGAUCCCUGUUAUAGUUUUCAUCGGAUUUCUUCGCAGGAAAUCGUUACUUAGGCGUAGCAUUUAAUAUUUAUUUUAGAUUGAUUCUAAGGUUGUAAAAACAUGCUGGAUUCGAGAGGCUAACAAUAAACUACUAAGAAAAGCAAAGGAUUUCAUUAAGUAUGCAAAUAUUUAUGUUAGUCCGACUAGUGAAAACUAAUCGAGCUUAAAACGUUCGCAAAUAACAAUUAGACAACAAUGUAACGUGUUAUUUAUUUACUUAAACAAUAAAAACAAUAUAUAUUAUUUUUUAAUUAUAUUUAUUAUUGUACGAGAAAAUAUCAAAAAACUAAAAAAACGGCGCACUCCGUCGAUUGGUUUUUGUAUUAUUUUAGACAUCGAUUCGAUUGAACGGGUAAAUAGCAUAUACCUUAAGGUUUUGGCUUUUAUUGCAACACUACUCGUCCAGGGUAUUCCUAAAGUUACAUGUACAGACGACCUCGACCGUUUACUGUAUUCUAAAACUGCAAACAUGAUGAAAGCCAAGACGCAUCCGAUGUUCAACAUUUUCUCAGUUCCUUAUUAUUACUCGAUUAUAUUUGGAUGGAUGCCAAUACGAAUACCCAAAAACGACGUGGAAAAGAAAAACAAGAGCUCGUGGUGCAUACCGGGUAUACUGUCUUCGAUCAGCUUCUUCGUUUUACUCGUGGUAUCGGGCAAGACCACCAACAGUUUAAGAGAAAUAACCAAAUUCCAAGGCAACAUGUCUUCGAGCAACCUAACUGUGCACGACCGUAUACAAAUCAUAGUCGGACCGAUGUUCAUCAACUCGUUGUCGAUAAAUCAAUUGUUCAUCAUUAUAACGUUCAUAUCGAUGCCGAUUCAUUUGCUGGAGCUGAGGAGAGUAUUUGAUCGUUUCAAUUACUUUUUUAAACGUCACGGCGCUACAAUAGGGACCGAAGCCAAAAUGAACACCAUCGUUAAAGUAGUUAAUAUGGAAUCGACAUUGUUGAUAUUAAUGAACACUCUUAUGUCAGUGGUGUCGGCCAUGUCGAGUUUUAACCGUAUGAGACUGUCUUUUGCUUGGAGACUCUUCAUAAUGGUGGACAACGUUCUCAAGAAAAUGGAAGCUUUUUCGUUGUGCAUUCAAUUUUGGUGUAUUAGUUCGACGAUGGCAAAAUGUUUCAAAUGUCUAAACCUGUCGUUGGUCAGGGUUCAAAUAAGAAGAAACCAAGUAGUGGGGACCAAACCUUUAGGAUUGUUUCUUCUGCCUGAUCCUUGCACGUCGCCGGCCAACAUAGUCAUGUUCUUGCAACGGUUGAAUAGUGCCCACGCGGAUUUGUGUUCCAUCCUCGACCACGUCAACAACGUUUAUCAGGUGCUGAAUUAUCUGAGCAUCGUCAUUAGUCUACUGAGCAUGUUGCCUCACAUGUUUGUGUUCGCCAUUACGUUGGCGUUUUCCAACUUCAGGAUCACACCGCACGUGUCGCUGAUCCUGUGGCCCACCCAGUAUCUUAUGCGAGUGUUCAUAGUGUGUAAAAUCGCGUCCAUAGCCACCGCCGAAGCCAAUCGGACGAAAUCACUUCUGAACGCAGUGAUCCACAAACGUCUUACGAAACAAGAGAAAUGCGAAAUAAAACGUUUCUUGGAAAGGAUAAACAGUAAAAAAAUUAGCUUUUCGCUGUGCGGAUUCAGCGAUUUGGACGACAAGUAUUUUUUAUCAACUCUGGUGGCCGUCGGCGGAUACUUGGCCAUCAUCGUGCAAUCCUGUAUGACCGUUAUCGAAGAACAGUAUUCGAUUCACGAAAGACCCACGGCCGACACGUUCGACGAAUAGACUAUAUCAGCAAUUACACGCAAUGCCGUUUUAAGUGGAUUGGAAAACAGUCAAUCAAAAAUCGACCUAGUUGUUUUAGUAAAAAAAAAACAAAAAAAAACAAAUUUUCGUCAAUCGUAGUAGCACUUAA